AUGGUACACUUCCACAACGGGCCGUUAUUUAUCAAGACAGGACUAUUUUUGAUUUUGAUGUGUUUCAGUACGUCAUCCGGUGGAACCAUCGCUUCCUUGGAAGACAGAUUAAAAGAAGUGGAAAUCAAGCUGGAGACAGAAGUUAAUCAACUGAAAGAAAAAAAUAUUCAACUUGAAGAGAAAGUAACGCAACUGGAGGCCAAAAAUGCCCAACUGGAAAAUAAAGUCCAAAAACAAGAAACAAUUUUGACUUCCCUGUUGCUUCAAUCCAGACAACACAAACCACCAACUGAGUCAGAAAUAGUUUCAAAUAAUCGCCAAAAUUUUAUUCAAUCAUCUACAAAGAGUGCUGCAAUGCCAAGGACAUGUCGCGAACUUUGGAUGGCUAAUCCUUCCCUUCAGUCCGGAAUGCACUGGAUCGAUCCGGACGGCCAAGGCGUCGGCGAUAACCCGAUCUACGUUUACUGCGACAUGACGACGGGAUCUACAUCCAUUCUACACGACAGUGAAUCCCCUAUCGACGUGGGUCAUUGCGCUGAUCCUGGAUGUUAUUCGCGAUCUAUCAAUUACAACGCGUCCAUCAGGCAGAUAAAAGCGUUAGUUGAGUUAUCAUCCGAAUGUCACCAGUCGAUUAAGUACGAUUGCUACUACGCCCCUUUCGAAUUUAUUGCUAUCCCCUACGCUUGGUGGAAUGACAGAGACGGAAAUGCGCAAUAUUUUUGGGCCGGAAAUAACGCGGAAGGAAUUCACACCUGCCAGUGCGGAAUCGAUGGCAAUUGCGUCGAUUCUUCUGCCAAGUGCAACUGUGAUGCUGCGGCGCCAAUUCAGUUAGUCGACGACGGUGUAAUCACAAAUAAAAAUGUUUUGCCUGUCACUCGGUUGAAUUUUGGCCGAACUCAACUGGAAACUUCGACGGGUAUUCACACGCUUGGUCGAUUCGAAUGUAGUGGAACGGUCGCCCUUACAAAAAUGCCCACCUCUUGCGAGGAUCUUUGGUUAAUUGGCCACACCCUAAAUGGAUUCUAUUCAAUCAUGGGAUCUACGAUGAUGGAAUCCGCUUAUUGCAAUUUCACAAAACUCCCUGAUGAUGCGGGUUUCCAGAAAUGGAUCGGGUACGCCGGCGUGAAAUCGGUGCCUGUCCAUUUCUACGUCCAGAGAAGUUCUUCGUUCAACUCAGCUGGAGUUCCGAUUCCGUUUGAUUUGACGCGACUUAACGAGGGAACUGCUAUGAAUUUGACAUCGGGGAUCUUCACGGCACCGCGAACGGGAACUUAUUUCUUCUCAUUCACGGGUCUGGCACAAUUUCCAGCUUCAUCAUCAUUGCUUCCUUUAGGAGUUUCUCUUAAGCUGAACAAUAAUUCAAUGGGGUUGGCUUGGGUUCAAGAUGCAAACACCGUCGCUGGUGCAUUAAAUCCGUUGACCCUCCAGUCGACGCUUAAAUUGAAAAAAGGCGAUGCAGUUUGGGUGGAAAUUACCUCCAGCAUGCCAUCAGGUGUGAAUUUGUUUGACAACGGUAGCCAUCACACUCAUUUCACUGGUUUCGUGUUGGAGGAGGAAAUUGUUGCUUCGCUUUGAACCGAAAUGCACAAAAUAAUCUUUGACUGAUAACAGUUAACGUGAAAAUGAAUUUUUUUAUUAGAUUGUAGCGUAUGAAGGGGAUGGAAAAGAAAUAGCCUACAUCCGCUUCCAAUUCAUUAAGUGGUGGGAAUUUCUAAAAUAAUUGUUUGACAUGUAUUCAAAUAUUAGACUUACUCAAAACACGAAUAAAUUCUAUCUGCAAAGAUGUAAACACGAUAAAUAAAGGACCCAUUUUGAUUGCACAGAUUUAAAAAGUACGAACCAAAGUUAAAAGUUAAAUAAAAAAAUUGGGAAAUAAAGUUAAUUGUUAUUUCUUGGGCUCGAGGAAGAAAAAGGUUCGGAGAUCUAUGUACCAUACGAAAACAAAGCAAUAAAAGACUAUAGGAAUUUCGUAUAGCCUUUAGGGUUUGGUCUACGUGGUUACCAAAAUACUGAAUUAUGCAUAUCCGAGUUGACCUAAAAGGGCUGGUGCAAUUAAUAAUCGCUAAGGACCAGUGGGCGGAUUUUAUGCAGUAGCUAUAUGUUCUUCUAGGUAUGUCCUUUCAAUAAAACCUACAAUAAAUCAUCAUUAUACGAUUAGAAAAUCAAAAAUCGGAACUAGAUUGCUUAUAUUAAUAACCAGCUAUGUCAUGAAACCGAGCUGGAAACAACCGGAACUACUUUGAUCUGCAACUAUUUUGUGCAAAUUUUCCGCAGUACAAGGCACGCUGGAGCUUCACAAAAACAACGAUAUGGAGUUAUACCGAUAAUUAAAAUCAGAUGAGAUUCUGAAUAAUAAUUUUUAAAAAAUUCCCAAACAGUUCGAAAUACAAUCAACAGGGUAAUAUGAAAGAAAAUUAUUGUUCGCUCCUUUAAGAGAUUUGCGGAACCCAACCAAAGAAGUAAUUUAUACAAACAUACGAACGAU